UUGUUGUCGUCUCAGGAUAUUGUAAAAAAAUUUUAACUGUUAUAACUUAUAACCAAAGCGUUAAUAAUAUUUAAUAAAAUAAAUAAACAAAUCAUAAGAAAUGGUUUUUUUGACCUCAAAGUUAUGGUCAUCUCAUGGAUCUCACGGUUCGGGUGACCACAAGCCAGACAACAGUGAAGGAGAACUGAAGAAGAUAUACGCGAAGGCAUCGACGCAAAGCUUUGCCGAAAACCCGAGAUAUCCGAUGCAUCCGACCAGUGGUGUAAUGCCGAUGUCUAUCGUCGGAAGAUUCAAACACGAAAGGGAAAGACUCGGACCUGACUUCGACAAUGUUCAGAGAGAGUGGAGGAUAAAGACAAUUCACGACAGACAUCUGCAUCCAUCGGAACCGUUUGAAGUGAAACAACUCUAUAAUGAAUACCACAAUCCGAUUCGUCGUUUCUAUCGCUGGCCUUUGGAUCAGUUUGAAGAUUGGUUGAGAAGAUCGGGAAUAUUUGAAAAGUUUAUUCCCGGAGAGAACCAGAAUUGGCCGAAGAUUACUCGUCAGUUAAUGGGCGGCGGAUUUCUCAUAUAUCUGUCUGUAUUAGGUGUUUGGUAUUACAUGAAAUACAAUCGUGAGCAUUGGGAAAAGUAUCGGGGUCCUCAGAUCAGCUUCUAUAGGGAAACCAUAUUUCCCGGUGACCCACGAUUUCCAGCUAAAGAUAUCCGAACCGAGUCGUGGCAACACUACGACAAAGGUUUCCAUAACAGGAAGGUAUUCCUCAACAAUGAUCAACAAUGAGUUAAUAAUUGUUUUAAUUAUUAACCAAAUUGUGCUUAUUAUAGAUGUUAUAAAUUAGGAUUGUCUUACACUUUAUUAUCUAG